AUGUCAGAAAGCAACUCACUUGGGGCGUUUAUAUCUAGAAAUAAAACGGCAAUUAUUGCCACUGCUGCCGCAGGUGCCACUGCGGUUGGUGCUUUUUACUACUACCAACAAUUGCAAAAGCAGUCGCCUUCCACAGGUGAAGGUGAUUCCGAAACCAAAACUGCAAAGAAGAAGGGAAAGAAGAAGAAGAAGAGUCAUGGAACUACGCCAAGCUAUCCUGUAGAUGAGAAGGGAGAACCAAAGCUAGAUAAUGUUGAUGAAUUGAGCGAAGAACAAAAAGAGAAGUACGCGAUGGAACUUAAGGAUAAAGGUAAUGAAUUUUUUAAAUCAAAGAAAUUCGAAGAUGCUAUCAAGUACUACACUUUGGCUUUGAAAGUGAAGGAGGAUCCUGUAUUCUACUCUAACAGAUCAGCUUGCUACGUUUCUCUUGGUCAGUUGGAGAAAGUUGUUGAAGACACUACUGCCGCUUUGAAGCUAAAACCUGAUUAUUCUAAAUGUCUUUUGCGCAGAGCUUCUGCCAACGAGUCUCUAGGCAAUUUUGCCGAUGCUAUGUUCGACCUAUCCGCUGUAAGCUUGUAUGGUGACUUCAAUGGCUCUUCUAUCGAGCCAAUGUUGGAACGUAACAUGAACAAGCAAGCAAUGCUCGUUUUAAAGGAGAAACUUGAAGAGCAACAAGAACACAAACUCCCAUCUAACACUUCUUUGGCAUCAUUCUUUGGCAUCUUCCAACCUGAGACAUCUUUCGACGACUAUGACGAAAACUCUGAAGCCGACAAACUUUUGUUGGAUGGUUUGGUGAAUCUCUACAAGAGAACUGGUGAAGGCUAUGAGCAAGCAGAUGAACUUUUCACUAAAGCAAAGACCGCUUAUGACACUUUACUAUCCGAAAAUUCUGAAGACCCUAUUUUGAAAAAGAAGGCUGCUAUUGCUCUAGAACAUGUUGGUAUUUUCAAAUUCUUGAAGAAUGACCCUCUUUCUGCUCAUACAGACUUGGAGAGGGCUUUGAAAUUCUCUCCAAGAACUAACACCUACAUCUACUUGGCUCUCAUCAUGGCUGACAAAGGCCAAGCCGAAGAAUAUUUCGAAAACUUUGAAAAUGCUUUGAAACUAGACCCUAAUUGUGCUGCUGUCUAUUAUCACCGUGGUCAAAUGUACUUUAUCACUCAACAAUAUGACAAGGCUGGCAAGGAUUUCGACAAGGCUAGAGAAUUGAACGAGAAGAAUAUUUUCCCAUUCAUUCAAUUGGCCUGUCUUGCUUACCGCGAGAACAAGUUCGACGACAGCGAAACUCUAUUUAGCGAAGCAAGAAGAAAAUUCCCAACUGCUCCUGAGGUUCCAAACUUUUAUGCAGAAACCCUUUCCGACAAAGGUGACUUGAAGGCCGCCAAGAAGCAAUAUGAUAUUGCUGCAAAGCUAGAAGACGCUCUAGAAGGCAUUCAUGUUGGUGUUGCUCCAUUGGUUGGAAAGGCUACCUUGCUUGCAAGAGAGCCCAGUGUGGAAAAUUUCGUCGAAGCUACUCAACUUUUCCAACAAGCUUGUGAGAAGGACCCUAGAUCCGAGCAGGCUAAAAUCGGGUUGGCUCAAUUGAAACUACAACAGGAAGAUGUCGACGAGGCCAUUGCUCUGUUCGAAGAAGCUGCUGAUCUUGCCAGAAGCUUUGAUGAGAAGUUACAAGCCACUACUUUUGCGGAAGCCACCAAAAUCCAGAAAAAGAUCAGAGCUGACCCAAUAAUCAGCGCCAAAAUCGAGGAGACCUUGGCAUCCUACCGUGCACAGGGAAUGAUUUAA